AUGGUGCUCGAUUACAGCAAAUGGGACGCUUUGGAGCUGUCCGAUGACUCCGACAUCGAAGUCCACCCUAAUGUCGACAAGCGCUCGUUCAUUCAGGCCAAGCAGAACCAGAUCCACCAGCAGCGGGUGCAUCGCCGUUAUGAAAUCGAGACCCUGAAAUACGAACGGAUCAUCAACGAUGGACUCCUUUCGCGCAUCAAUAAACUCCUCGCGAUCCUGCGGGAGAACCAAGGCUCAAAUACCCCCGAGGAAUUCGUGUUCCAAGUCCUCAUGGAGAGCGCAUCAAACCCCGCCGAGGAUUCGCCCCCCGAGGCACCGGAAGGUGUCCACACGCAGGUCAAGGAGCAGCCGAAAUACUCUCAGAUGAUGAGCUCCCUGGUAGACCAAGUCAAGCAGGAGAUCGGCGAUGUCAGCACGGAGGAAAAGACCAAGGCGUACAUCAAAGGGGUGCAGGGACACAAGGACAAGGUGCAAGGACUGCAGAAGGAACUUUUGGAAAAGCUCGCUCAGCUCGAGAAGGAGGAGAGCAGCAAAAUCACGAGUGACCAGCUGCACACUGGAUUCGACACAUCUCAUAUCGCCAAGGUCGAGGCCGACAAGGCCAAAGCGGGUCAGUCAGAAUCCGUUGAGCUUCUGAAUCCGGCAGCAGGAAGCCAAGCCUCAUCGCAGAAGCCUGGCGCCGAUGACGACGAGGAAGAGGAUCCAGAGAACAUGAAGGCUAGCGAUCUCGCCAAGCGGUUCGCGAAGAUCAGCCGUAGCGACUACCGCGCCUUGCAGCAAUUCAUCGGCGAAAACCCACAAAUUGUCGCAGAGAAAGAAACCGACGGUCUCUUGGUUGAGGCUUUCAAUAGUCAAAUGGCCGGAAAAGAUGACCAUGCUCGUCAGUGCGUUCACCAAGGACUGCUGCUCCAAUACUGCCGCUCUCUGGGCCGCGACGGAAUCUCCCUGUUCUUUAAGCGUAUCACUACUAAGGAUCACCAAGCGUCAACACUCUUCCAGAAAGACGUCACUGAAACCUACCAAAGAAUCAAGACCCGCGCCGCAGAGCUCGCGAAGGAUAGCUCCGCCUCUAACGACCCUGCCGGCGUGGAACAAAUCCAGCUUCAUGCUGUGGAUCCUAACACGAAGAUUACAAUUAACAUCCCUGCUGCUGACAGCACGGAGCAAAUCGAGAUCGAGGCCCGCAAGGUGUUUGACUCCUUCUCCGAAGAUCUACAGAAGGCCCUGGCCUCGGAGUCUCUGGAUGAGGUCAACAAGGUGCUCGGAAAGAUGAGCGUGCCGGACGCCGAAGAUCUUAUCGAGAAGCUCGGAGACAGCGGCAUGCUUAGUCUGGAGGAAGGAAUCGUCGAUGCGACCACGGAAGAGGGCAAAAAGAAGCUAGAGGAACUCGAGGCUGAGGGCAGAAGGGAAAAGAAAGAAGAGAUAGGCGAGCCCGGAGGUGAUGUUGCCGAGCUGGACUAA